AUGGCGUCUCCGUCGCGCUCGCUCCUGCGGCGGCUGCUUCCUCCUGGAGCCGUCGCCGUCACCGGAGCAGCCAUUCUCUUCUACUCGUACCGGCCCCGAAACAUCCCCGGAUCCUCCUCGGCCGCCGUCCCACCCCCGACCUACGGCCCCGGCGGCUCCUUCACCGUGCCCAACUUCCCGCCUGUCAAGCCCCGCGCAGAACAGCUCGCCAAUCUACGACGCAGCGCCCAGGCCGGCGCCGAGUACGACAUGCUCAUCAUCGGCGGCGGCGCGACCGGGGCAGGCGUUGCGCUCGAUGCGGCCACCCGGGGCCUUCGUGUCGCCGUCGUCGAGCGCGACGACUUUGGGAGCGGCACCAGCAGCAAGAGCACCAAACUCGUCCACGGUGGCGUCCGUUACCUCGAGAAGGCCGUCUGGAACCUCGACUAUAGCCAGUACCAGCUGGUGCGCGAGGCCCUCAAAGAGCGCAAGUACUUUCUCCAGACGGCGCCGCAUCUGAGCAUGUGGCUGCCCAUCAUGCUGCCCCUCGACAAGUGGUGGAAGGCCCCCUACUACUGGGCGGGUACCAAGUUCUAUGACUUUCUCGCCGGCAGUGAGGGCAUCGAGAGCUCCUAUUUUCUCACCCGCAGCAAGGCCCUCGAUGCGUUUCCCAUGCUCAAGCAGACGGACCUCGUCGGCGCCCUGGUCUACUACGACGGCGCCCACAACGACUCGCGCAUGAACGUUUCCAUUGCCAUGACGGCCGCCCUCUACGGCGCCACCGUCGCCAACCACACCGAGGUGACGAGCCUCGUCAAGGACCGGAGUGGCCGUCUCUGCGGCGCCACUGUCAGGGACCUGGUGGCUGUCCGGGAUGGCAAGCCCGCCGAUGAAAUCACCGUUCGUGCCAAGUGCGUCGUCAACUGCACAGGCCCCUUUACCGACUCUAUUCGCAAGAUGGACGACCCGCACUGCAAGGAAAUCGUCGCGCCCUCGUCUGGCGUUCACGUCAUCCUGCCCGGCUACUACAGCCCGGCCAACAUGGGCCUCAUUGACCCCUCCACCUCGGACGGUCGAGUCAUCUUCUUCCUCCCCUGGCAAGGAAACACCAUUGCUGGCACCACCGACUCGCCGUGCCCAAUCUCGCAGAACCCCUUGCCUGAUGAGGAAUCAAUCCGGUGGAUUCUCGGCGAAAUCAGCCAGUAUCUGUCGCCCGAGAUCAACGUACGGCGCGGAGACGUGCUGGCUGCGUGGUCCGGGAUCCGGCCGCUGGUCAAGGACCCCAAGGCCAAGAACACGGAAUCGCUGUGGACAACGUACCGUCAGAUGGCCGAGGAAUGCGUUGACGCUGCCAUCCAGGAGUUCCACCUGGAACCCAGGCCCGUUGAGGACGCACCGCGUGUCAGCGGCACUGAAGUGGUUGACGACGGCGCCAUCCUCGACGGCUCGUGCCAGACGCACAACGUCCGCCUGGUCGGUGCCCACGGCUUCAGCAAGACGCUCUUCAUCCCGCUCAUCCAGCAGUUUGGACUGGAAACCGAGGUGGCCAAGCACCUGACGGAAAGCUACGGCGACCGCGCCUGGGCCGUGGCCGCCCUGUGCAACAUGACGCGCCAGCGGUUCCCUGCCCGCGGCGAACGCAUCUCACACCUGUAUCCCUUUGUGGACGGAGAAGUCCGCUACGCCGUGCGCCAAGAGUAUGCGCAGACGGCCGUUGACGUGCUCGCCCGGCGGACCCGCCUGGCCUUUCUCAACGCCCAGGCUGCGCUGGAGGCCUUGCCCAAGAUUAUUGACAUCAUGACCGAGGAACUGAGCUGGGAUCGACGGCGACAAGACGUGGAGUGGACCAACACCGUCGCCUUUCUGCAAUCCAUGGGACUUCCCCAGCCGAUGCUAUCGGCCACUCGCAAGCAGGUAGAGCAGGGCAAGAUCGACUUUGCCAACUCGCUGGAGUGGAGCAUGUACUCACGGCACAAUAAGCCCGUCGAGGGCCAGUCGGGAUGA